GGUAUAGAGAGAGAUUUUGCAGUCUCGGAGUUUAGUUCCGGUUUGUUCACGGAAGCAACUCUGACAAGUGAAGCUACUUCCGCCUUUAGCCGACGCUCAUCAUACAGAGCAAUGACAGCAACCUUACGUCCUUAUCUCAAUGCGGUGCGUGCCACUCUGCAGGCCGCCCUCUGCCUGGAGAAUUUCUCCUCACAAGUGGUCGAGAGACACAACAAGCCAGAGGUGGAAGUGCGGAGUAGUAAAGAGCUGCUCCUCCAGCCGGUCAUCAUCAGCCGCAAUGAUAAGGAGAAAGUUCUAAUCGAGGGCUCCAUUAACUCUGUCAGAGUUAGCAUUGCAGUCAAGCAGGCAGAUGAGAUUGAGAAAAUUUUGUGCCAUAAAUUCAUGCGUUUCAUGAUGAUGAGGGCAGAGAACUUCUUCAUCCUGAGGAGGAAACCUGUUGAGGGCUAUGACAUCAGCUUUCUCAUCACCAACUUCCACACGGAGCAGAUGUACAAACAUAAACUGGUGGAUUUUGUGAUUCAUUUCAUGGAGGAAAUUGACAAAGAGAUUAGUGAAAUGAAGCUGUCCGUCAAUGCCAGGGCUCGUAUUGUUGCUGAAGAGUUCCUCAAAAAUUUCUGAGAGAGAAAACCAUGGAAUACAUUCCUUUUGCGAUUUCAGCCGACAGUGUGGGUCGCUCACCUCGCAGGUCAGAGAGAAGAAAAAACAGGAUAAGAAAAGAAAAGAUGAGAAAAAAUAGACGUGCAGUAAACAUUCACAUGCUGAUGGGAUUUGCCCUUAAAACUAAAAUUCCCCUUUGCUCCAAAGUAUUGAUAUUUGUACAUAAUAAAUGAUCACAACACACAUUCAUUUCUGCCUUCAAAACAUCCAAGAAAUUCAGGGCAGGUCCUGUUUUAAAAGAUUUUUGUUAUCAAUACUAAUGAGCACAGGGUAAUAUGGAAUUUUUAAAUUUAUUUAAAUGUUUUUUUUAAUAUAUAUUAUAUGCACAUACAUUAAGUGAAGUAUUUUUGUUAUGGCAGAUUUGAAACCAUGAGGGCAAUCAAUUGGUGCAUGUUUCCUGUCUUAGUAUACAGAGUGAACCCUAUUGUAAAUGGAAAUAAUGAGAAUAAAUAUUCAUGCUGGCUUGUUAUACUUGUGAAGAUAAAUAAAGAAUAUUCUUUGUA